AUGUCUGACGUCGCGCACAACGAUCUCCCUGAGCUCCUGCCCGAGUCCGAGAGCUACUAUGUCGAUGAAGUGGCCCCGCCUGCAGUCGAAUCUGAGCUCGAGGCACCCUCGACCCCGAUACCCCAGGCUACACCGCUGACCUUGUCGCCCUCCGCCGUGUCGACGCGCACCGUCGCCAUCAUCAAGCCGCACGCGCUCCCGCACCGCUUCGACAUCGAGCACAGGAUAUCCGAGGCCGGCUUCGAGAUCGUGAAGGAACGCCAGAUGGAGUUCGAUGUGGAGACCGACCCGGAGACGAUGUAUGAGCUCUUCGGAGAUGAAUUCGAGUGCUUUGCCGAGGGCCCCGUCUGGGUGUACGUCCUCGAGCGUCGGCGCGCCGUCGAGGUCUGGGCCACGCUCAUGGGGCACCCCGACCCCGCCGUCGCGCGCCAAGAGACCCCGCACGCGCUGCGCGCCCUCUACGGCGUGUCCCCCCAGCAGAACGCGCUCCUGGGCUCCCCGGACGCGCCCACCGCGGAGAUGCAGAUCUCCGCCAUCUUCGCGUCCUCGCCGCCCUUCCCCACGACGGACCUCCCCGACGUCGGCAGCGCGAGCCUCACCGCCGGCUCGCUCCGCUCCGUGUCGUCCUCGGUGCUCUCCGCCCUGCGCAAGAUGGGCUCGAGCGACGGGAGCGGCAAGUCGCCCUUCAAGGCGCGCAAGAUACCCUCGACCCACGCCGCGCCCGAUAUCGUCCCCCGCAUGUCGCGCGCCGCCUCGCUGCGCGCUGGGAUCCCUGUGGAGAAGACGAGCGGUCCGCGUGUGCCCCUCACCAAGGAGAGGCUCGCGCAGACGUUCGAGAACGUGCCCGGGCACAAGCGCACCUCGACGAUCUCUGUCGCGAGCACCGCGCCGCCCGCCGUGGCUCCCCGCAUGACCCGUGCCGCUGCGCUCCGACUGGGCCUGCCCAUGCCCGAGAAAGAGAGCAGGAGGCACUCGAUACAGGUCGCGCCCUCGGGGAUGGCGAAGCGCGCCGACGAGGCGAAGGCCACGUUCGAGGGCGUGCCGGGCCACAAGCGCAGGGAGACGUUCACCGUCGCGAGCGUCAAGGCGCCGACGGUCGCGCCCCGCACGAACAAGAGCGCGGCCCUGCGCCAGCAGAAGGAUGCCGCGCCGCCGACGUCGUACAUGUUCCGCCCCCCUACGGCGCAGACCCCGUCCAGGUCCACGUCGCGCACGUCCUUCAACGGGACGGGCUCCGCGCGCCCGAUCAUCUCGCGCCCGCCCUCCGCGGCGUCCGUCCAGACCCCCACGCGCCCCGCCGUGUCGCGCCUCACCUCCACGUCCUCCGUCAGGUCCACAACUACUACCUCCCAGCGGGCCCCCUCCCGGCCGUCCACCUCCGCGGGCGUCAUGAGCUCGCCGUCCGUGGCCAGCACCAGCAAUAGCAACGGCAUCGCCGCCCCGAAGGACAAGGACGCAGCUGCGAAACCGCGCCCGCGUCCGACCAGUAUGCAGGCCCCGACGAUCGCGCCGCGCACGAACAAGAGCGCGCUCCUCCGCGCGCAGAAGAUGGCUGCGGCCGCCGCUGCCGCAGUCACGCCUGCGGCGAAGACGAAGGGCGUCGGUGCUACGCCGCGGGCGCUCAGGGUGUGA